UGUAGGUCUAUCCAUCUCAGCCCACCAUGAAUGGUAAAAUGGGGCUCCACACCAUUUCGACACAGAAUGCCUGCCAACCGAUCCACAGUGGUUCCUCCUGUCCCCUGCUCCAGGUUGGUUCUGGUUCUGGUUGCUGUAGCCCAGCCCUAGGAGAGGUAGAGAGGCCCAGCAAGGCUCACUUUUAUGGGCCGGUCUGUCUGAGGAUGUCCCCCUCUCUAUUCAGCUCCAGUCCCAGACCGAGCAACUCUCCCCCCAACGCCAAGCUCCACACACAGCCUACCCCUCCAUACCCCUGUAGGGCGUGUGCCAAGGUGUUCUCUAAAGUGAAGAGUCGUAAUGCUCACAUGAAGACACAUCGCCAUGAGGACCAUCAGGAGGAGCUGCACUGACCCUACACCCUAAACCCUAAACCCUAAACCCUACACCCUAAACCCUACACCCUACACCCUACACCGACACUGACCCUAAACCCUAAACCCUACACCAGCACUGACCCUAAACCAUCAGGACAAGCCCUGUACUGCCCUCUACAGUCCAACUCAUCCAUCAGGACAAGCCCUGUACUGCCCU